AUGAGACCAACCCUUCUUCAGGGCCAUGAGCGGUCCCUCAACCAGAUCAAAUACAAUUCAGACGGCGAUUUGUUAUUUUCAGUCUCCAAAGACAAGGUCAUUUGUGCAUGGUUUACGAGCAAUGGCGAGCGAUUAGGAACAUACACGGGACACCAGGGUGCCAUCUGGACCGUGGACGUUUCUCCCAACUGCGAACUUCUUGCUUCCGGAUCUGCCGACAACACAAUUCGGUUAUGGAACGUCCGGACGGGCGAGAACGUCAAGACGUGGGAGUUUCCCACUGCUGUCAAGAGAGUCCAGUUUAGUGAGGAUGGAAAACAACUUCUAGGAGUUACAGAAAAGCGAAUGGGUUACCUAGGAACGAUUGUAGUUUACGACGUUCGAUAUGGAGACGACUUGACGGAUCAGACAAAUGAGCACAGCUUGAGAAUCACCUGCGAAGACAGCAAAGCUACCGUUGCAGGCUGGAGCUACCUCGACAAGUACAUCAUCUCUGGACACGAGGAUGGAACUGUCACGCAGUGGGAUGCAAAGACUGGAGAAAACCUCAUGAGCGUGGAAGCCCACGAGUAUGACACUGCUAUCAACGACCUGCAAUUCUCCCCGGACCGGACAUACUUUAUUACCGCGGGUAAAGACAAAACUGCCAGGAUAUUGUCGACGAGAGACCUGAGCGUUCUGAAAACAUAUGUUGCUGAUACACCUCUCAACACAGCUGCAAUCACGUCCAAGAAGGAUUUUGUGAUUCUCGGAGGUGGCCAGGCGGCAAUGGAUGUCACGACGACCUCUGCGCGUCAGGGCAAAUUUGAGGCUCGUUUCUAUCACAAAAUCUUUGAGGACGAAAUCGGUCGUGUGCGAGGCCAUUUCGGUCCAUUGAACACUAUUGCUGUACAUCCCCAAGGUACUGCAUAUGCGAGCGGUGGCGAGGAUGGAUACGUACGGAUGCACGUCUUCGACAAGUCAUACUUUGACUUCAUGUACGAGGUGGAACGAGAACAAGCGCGAAAGUAG